GGAAAAUUGGAAAUAGAAAAGAAAAAACAUAGAAAAAUUUAAUUGUGUGGAUGAGAAAGCAUAAAAAGAACAAAUGAACAUCAUCGUUAAACAUCAACACAAACACAAACACAAACGUUUGAAAGUUGUAAAUAAUAAUGAUACUUGUUGUUAGCCAUAUCCAAGGUCCUUGUGGAGCCAUGUUUACAAACUGUUCCAUUUCGUCUUCAACCAAAUUCAUCACUUCAAACUCAUUCUUCAAUAAUCAAAUACCAAAGUUCACUAGAAGAAGUUCCAUUAGAACCUUGCAUCUUACACUAGCCAAAGCUGAAGGAAGCAUAGAAUCAACUUCACCACCAAAACCAUCAACUUCUUCAACAACACCUCCUUUUGCCAAUGAUCAAACAAUUUUUGUUGGUGACAAGGAUGUUCCAUUGGAGGGUGUUAUUCAGUUUGACAAACCCAACAAUAAUUCUCGUAUUGAAAAAUGGGGGCGUGUAGCUUUGUUUGCUGGUGGUGAUGUGUUGGCUUUGCUUUUGUUUGCGACAAUUGGAAGAUACAGUCAUGGACUCUCUAUUUUGGAUUUUGAGACUCUGCAUACUGCUGAUCCAUUUAUAGCUGGGUGGUUUUUAGGUGCUUACUUCCUUGGAGGUUUCAGUGAAGAUGGGCGUGGAAUGAAUGGUCUACCCAAAGGUGUCACUGCUACUGCUAAAUCAUGGGCUGUUGGGAUCCCUAUAGGAAUUGCAAUAAGGGCAGUAAAAUCAGGCCAUUUACCUAACUAUGGUUUUGUAUUUGUGAGUCUUGGAAGCACUGCUGUUUUACUCAUUGCAGUCAGAGCAUUAUUGUACGCCCUUCUUCCAGUUGACAAUAGUAAGAAGAAUGAUGUCUAUCGCCAAGGCAGCCCCUUUGAACUUUUUGAGCUUCUUACAUCAUUAGUACGGCGGUGGUAGCGCGCGGUUACAUGUUCAAGGCAUUGAAAUCUAAAAUGCAUCAGGACAUCAGUUUCCAUAUCUAAAUCUCUUUGUAUUGUCCAUUCAAUUGAAACAAGUAGGAGCAUACAUAUAAUGUAUUUGAAUUUCAAUAAUUUUUUGUUACAUUUACAAAUUUGAUCAUUGUAAAGUUCCUUUUUAAGUCAUUAUACCAUGAUCUGGUCCAUUUGCACCAUGUCACAUGAUAUGAUGAAAUGAAGUUUUCAGAAUUACAAGAGAAUAAAAAGGAUCUAGAUAUCAUAGAAUCAUCAUAGUGU